AUGCGGUCUACACGUGACGUCCUCCUAGCUCUUGCCGCUGCAGUGCUGCAGACAACUGCCCCAGUCUCUGCAGAAAGCCUAAAAGAACAGGUUUGGGCCGUCUUUGCCUAUACAUUGCACGGAGACAGCGUACCAGCAGCGCUUCCCCGUGAGAGUGUUGUGACCCCCUACGGCGCCAGUGAGCUGUAUGCUGCUGGAUCCGCCUUCCGUGAUCGAUAUGUUGCGAUACAUUCGACGGAUGUCAGUCCCAGUACAAGAAUUGAACGAAUCUCCUCCUAUGUGCUUGCAGACGAGGACAUCAAGGUCUUGACUACCACGGAUGCCUCCGUGAUUGGCUCUGCUCAAGCCUUCAUGCAAGGACUCUAUCCCGCUUUGAAUGAGACAUAUGAUGCUCAGUUCUUUGAUCCCAUUUUCCUCAUGUCGAAUGGCUCCGUCACUACUGGUCCCUUGGGGGGAUACCAAUACGCUCGCAUUGUUAGCGCGAGCCUCGAUGAUCCCCAAUCGGUAACGGUGGCAGGACAUCAGAAUUGCAAGCUGCAUCAGACGGCCGACUCGGAGUAUAGGAAUAGCUUGGAGGCCCAAGACUUGGUUCAGACCUCGGGGGCCUUCUACAACCGUCUGUAUGAGUUCUCCCUGAGAGACACAUUCGAUCGCUCCUCGGCCAAUUACCUCAACGCGGUUUCAAUCGCCGAAUUCUUGCAAUAUGAGUACCUGCACAAUGAAACGCUCCUGCACAGCCUGAAUGAAGAUGACAUCAAGCUCGCCAAUUGGUACGCAGACCAAUACACCUUUGCUACAAGUGGCAACACCACGUUCUCCAGCCCCGUUCAGAGCGGCAAUGUUCGUGCCGUUGCUGGCCGGACCAUGGCCUCCCGUAUUCUAGACGCCUUUAAUACCAACAUCUUCAAUAGGGGAGAUAGCAGCAAACUGACCUUCCUGUUCGGCAAUGCUGAGCCGGCCGUGGCUCUCACGUCCAUUCUAAGAUUGCCAUCCCCACAGCAGUCGAAUUUCUACUCGCGGCCCGCGCUUGGCGCAUCAAUCAUCUUCGAGCUCUUCAGUCUCGAAAAUGACUCGUAUCCCACCUAUCCCGACCCGUCCCAGCUAUACGUGAGGCUUCUGUUGCGGAAUGGGACCGACGUCGACGCCGAGUUUCACCCCUACCCUCUAUUUGGACUCAGCCCUAGCAACACGGAUGUGUCGUACUCGGAAUUUGAGGCGGAGUUGACCAAGGUCGCCCUAAACUCCACUGAAGCAUGGUGUCUUCAAUGUGGCUCCAGUUCGGCGGUGUUCUGUCCUGGAAUCCUCGAGGCCGACACUUCGACUACAUCUCAGAAAAAUAGCAACAACAGCAACAACAUAACACCCGGCGUAGCAGGGGUCAUUGGCGCUAUCGUCACCCUUGUUGUGAUUGGUAUGGUUGCGGCAGCUGGAUUCUUGUUCUUUGGCAUUCGAAUGAGACGACAGUACAAGUCGAACCUCACAGAUACCAAGGGAGGAAUCAAGUUGGCUAGUGACUCAAACCUAGCUCUGCGAGAGAACAUGUAA